AUGACAGCGCUCACCAUCUUUACUACUUUCCUCAAGGGGUUUACAGCCCUUUGGGCACUCAUCACCGUCGGCAUCAGUUCUGCCUUAGUGCACAAGUUCAACGAUCUACUCCGUCCGUAUGUUCGCGCGUCAGGCUUCAGCCAGGGUAAUGCGGUCAUCGCAGCAGGAGCCUUGUCAUUCUUGUACUUCGCUAUCACCGUCGUCCUGAUCUUCGCUGCGCCCCGCUCGGUCCUACUCAGUAUGAUUGCGGAUGUCAUCUGCCUGAGUGUCAUCCUCCUCCUCAGUCUGGGAUCUAUGGCCGCCCUGACGGACGUCAACGCCGCAUUUAGGGGCUGCAGAGGGGAUAUCGUUUUCUGCGCUCUGGGUAACACGACUUUGGCCGUUGGCUGGUGCUUGGUCUGCCUAAUCCUCAUCAUCCUCUCGCUUGAAGUCAUCGUUACGCUGCGGAGGUACGGCGGCUCGCUCUCUACAUGGCGUACACCGUUCAACGAGCUGGUCAAUCAUGGACCAUCCGACGCAGGGCAUUCUAAGGAAUCUCGAAGGAACGAUGACGCGCAGAUGAGCGGAUCAGAUGCGGGAAUGGUAGGAGGAGGUAGGCCGGAGAUGGUCCAGCGGGUAUAA